AUGGGUUCCUUUUCUGGAAUCUUUCAGAGACCUAUUUUUGCGGCCUCUGCCUUUGCUAUCACAUCUGUUUCUUCUGAUCUUCAUGGCAAAUUGCGGCCUUCUAAAUCAUCAGAUACUUGUUCUUCCUUGGACCAAUCCAAUCUAUCGGUUUCUGCUUUGGUACAAGAAACAACCACAUCUUGGGUGUCUCACAUAUCUGUUUCCAAGCUUGCUAAGCUGUCAUUUGUGACUAGAAUUCGAGUACCUGUUCCUAAUAUUGGCAAGACCAAUCCUAAUACAGCCUGCAGUUUUGUUCCUAAUUAUUUGUGCUCUACUGCGGUUUCUUCUCCUGUUCUGCUGAACUUGUAUCAGUCUGCAGAGUUGGCCAAAGCCCCGAAGCCAAAUGCAUAUACCCAUAGUGUUCCUAGCUCAACCUCAUCAUCUGAUGUGUUGUACAGAUGGCAUUUGCCCGAGCCAGUUGCUCUUGAUAAAUCUCCAGGUUCUGAUUGUGCAUCAGAAAAAUCUAGAACGGUGGUGGUUUUGCUUGGAUGGUUAGGCGCAAAGCAGAAGCAUCUCAAGCGGUAUUCAGAUUGGUAUACCUCAAGAGGGUUUCAUGUCAUUUCAUUUACGUUUCCUAUGACCGAGAUUCUCAGUUAUCAAGUUGGUGGCAAAGCUGAACGGGAUAUAGAAUUGCUUGUGAACCAUCUUGCUGAUUGGCUGGAAGAGGAGUAUGGAAAGAAUCUGAUCUUUCACACUUUUAGCAAUACGGGAUGGUUAACAUAUGGAGUUAUAUUGGAAAAGUUCCAGAAGCAGGAUCCUACAUUAGUGGGUAGGAUUAGGGGCUGUAUUGUAGAUUCUGCUCCUGUAGCAGCCCCUGAUGCACAG